AUGUUGACUAGUCUCUUUGGUAGCGAUGCCCAUUCCAAUACACAUCAUGUUACUAGGCUUGUGCAUGCAUACAUUAAACGAAAUUCAUGCGAGUUUCUCAAUACCAUCAGAUCAAAAGAAGCGCCUGUUGUUGAUCAGUAUGACAGCAUUGAGCAGUAUUGGUCUGAGCUACUAACACUCGAUGCAUCCACCUUUAUGAAAGGGUUCAGACCCAUCUCACACCAAUACAAGUCAUUAUACGAGCAACUCUUCCAUCAUUAUUUUGAGUAUCCUGUUGAAACAGAGAGGCACAUUCGACUUUUGCAGCAAUCUCGGCCACUGAAAUGGUUUCCACCCCACUGGUUCGAGCAUAGCCAACCAUUGCCAUCAGGGCGCAUGGGCCAAGUGUACCUCUCUCAGUGCAGAUUACCAUGGAAAAAGACUAGAUUCAUUGUAAGAGAAAUCAAUCUUUGUAUGAUAAGUCAGGGUAACAAACUUCAAACCUGUCCACAUCAAGUGGUUGGUAUCACAGCCACGAGGUCCAAGCAGAACCGCCGUCGACUGGCAUUUGUCUCCAUUGCAGCAGACGCUACCUUGGAACAACUGAUACCCCAAGUGGAUCAAUGGACGUUUCAAAAGACGUACCGCACAGCACUGAUGAUUGCUUCUUCUGUCAGAGAUUUCCAUCAACAGGGCCGCAUUCACCCCAAUCUACAGCCUCGAAAUAUCAUGACGUUUCAGCCAAACAGCAUGACUUUGAUUGACGACUGGCCCUGUAUACCGCUGUCAUCACGCUAUGGACGAUAUCCCUACAUUGCACCUGAGAUAUGCCACGAUCAUGCCCACAUAAACCAACAGUGCAACCUGUUCUCUUUAGGCGUGAUACUGUGGCAGUUGGGCACUGGUGUUUUGUUUCCCAGUGCAACCUCUGUAUCACCUUCUGUCUACGCAAUGGACCCCAUCAAACACAUGGACCCAGCCUACAGCACGCUUGUCAUGCAAUGUUUAUCCACACACCAAACAAGACCUACGGCCGAUCAAGUCUGUGAAGCUCUGGUCCGUAUCCUCAUGUCGGAAAUGGCUUGUCCUCGUCCAUUGCAACCACACGCUACUCGUAUUCGAGAGCGACAGUCUGCAGUGGUCAAAUAUCUGGCUUGUUUUCUACCAGAGAGCAAUCUAGAUUUACAGCAGCUCAUGCAAGGAUCCUCCAUCACCAAACGCAUGAUGCUACAAGUCGCUGUGUCUCUGGAGAGACAUCAUUUGUAUUGGCACCCUUCUGCUGCUGCUGCCUGUCAAAAGAAGCAACAACAGCAGCAGCAACGUUCUCGCCGUCUGUCUCAAUCCAGCAACGACGAGCAAGACAAUACUUGUCAAGAUGAACAUGGGUGUUACGUGUUGCAUAAAAAGAAACACAAGUACCAAAAGAGAACGUACCGAGUGCUAACCCAAAAGAACGAUGUCUCUUGCUUCAAUAUUUAUGGCGCUGAUUUACCUGAUUUGAUGCAAAUGGGCCUUGCUUGA